UCUUUCUUUGGAAUAAUGUCGGCUGAAUAUGAUAAUAGAGAGAAUAAUGGCCCUGAGGGCAUGGAGCCAGAUGGCAUCAUUGAGAGCAACUGGAAUGAGAUCACUGACAGUUUUGAUGAGAUGAACUUGCGUGAGGCUCUGCUCAGAGGAAUUUAUGCCUAUGGUUUCGAGAAGCCCUCUGCUAUCCAGCAGAGAGCCAUUAUGCCUUGUAUCAAGGGUUAUGAUGUGAUCGCUCAGGCCCAGUCUGGCACUGGGAAGACCGCCACCUUUGCCAUUUCCAUCCUUCAGCAGAUCGAUGUGGAGCUGAAAGGCACCCAGGCGUUGAUCUUGGCUCCCACCAGGGAGCUGGCUCAGCAGAUCCAGAAGGUGGUGCUGGCUCUGGGUGACUACAUGGGCGCUAAUUGCUACGCCUGUAUCGGAGGGACCAACAUCCGCAGUGAAGUCCAGAAGCUCCAGGCUGAGUCCCCUCACAUCGUGGUGGGAACCCCGGGCCGUGUCUUUGACAUGUUGAAUCGUAAAAACCUCUCUGCCAAGUACAUCAAAAUGUUCGUGCUGGACGAGGCUGACGAGAUGCUCAGUCGAGGGUUCAAGGACCAGAUCUAUGAGAUUUUCCAGAAGCUGCCAAGCAGCACACAGGUUGUCCUUCUGUCGGCCACCAUGCCGGCUGACGUGUUGGAAGUCACGAAGAAGUUCAUGCGUGAACCCGUCAGAAUCCUGGUGAAGAAGGAGGAGCUGACCCUUGAGGGCAUCCGUCAGUUCUACAUCAACGUGGAGAAAGAGGAGUGGAAGCUGGACACGCUGUGUGACCUGUACGAAACCCUGACCAUCACACAAGCGGUCAUCUUCAUCAACACGAGGAGGAAAGUGGACUGGCUGACAGAGAAGAUGCACGCCAGAGACUUCACCGUGUCUGCUCUGCACGGUGACAUGGAGCAGAAGGAGAGAGACUUGAUCAUGAGGGAGUUCCGCUCCGGCUCCAGUCGAGUCCUCAUCACCACUGACCUGCUGGCCAGAGGUAUUGAUGUCCAGCAGGUGUCUCUGGUCAUCAACUACGACCUGCCGACCAACAGGGAAAACUACAUCCACAGGAUUGGUCGGGGCGGUCGUUUCGGCAGAAAGGGCGUCGCCAUCAACAUGGUGACCGAGGAUGACAAGCGAACCCUGAGGGACAUUGAAACAUUCUACAACACCACCGUGGAGGAGAUGCCCAUGAACGUGGCCGAUCUUAUCUAGGAGACUCCUCCACCCUCCCCCCACUUAUUUUAGCAGGCAAAACCUUGUUUUCUUACACUAUGAAUUCUAAGAACUUUCUUUUGCUAAAUUCCACCAUGACUACCCCUCAGUGUUCUAAGGGAAGGAAGAAUGUGGCCUUCGUUCCUCCCUUUCCUCUGAAGUAGUUUUUGGGCUGUUUUGGAAGGAUGGAAUUACUGACCUGCUUCAUCUGCUUGCCCUAAUCCCGAACCAUCAUUGGCGAAUACUUUUUCUUCUUCCUGCAGCUAUCUCCUUUAAACCGUAACAUUUCGAGAUUUAUGUUUGGCAAACAAAAGGACUUUUUAACAAAACGAGUGUUUGUAACUGCGUCCCACACGUGCAAAACAUAACUGCGUUUCUAAAAGUUAAAAGUCUCGUUCUGUCGGCAAAAAGCUUAAAUAAAAUUUGAUGCCGUGAGUGGUGCUAACCCGAAGAUCUCACACGCUUUUGUGGACAUGUGCCUGUGAUGUUUCACACACGGUGAGAGGCUUAGACUGCAGGUCCGUUUGGACUCUAAAAUGCUCUAAAUGAAAUGGGAAGCACUGCAUUUGACCAGAUCAGUAUUUAAGCAAAGUUCAGUGUACUGCAAACAGCCUUUUAACUCCAUCCGUGAUCAUGUUAAGAGGUUUCUGGGGCUAGAGUACACGGGGCAUAUUCAAUAAAAAGACCUCUAUAGUAAAAACCCAUCAUGAAUGAGUUGUUUACCCUUUUGAUCCUUUUACUGCUGUUUCAUAUGAAUUAUAUUUUACUGCUGUUGUACAUAGUGCUUGACUUGUGCAGUAGCAGUCAGUUGAAGACUGACCGGUGGCCCAGACGCUCGGAGGCUAAACGAUGGUGAGUGGAGGCCUGACGACCCGGUGGGAGUUUCAUCUCUAACGCUAUGCCAUUAUUUUUCAUUUAGAUUUUUAUUUUUCGACACUUGGCUUGUUCUUUGCUCUGUUGGCAGGUGUCUUUUUGUAACUUACCUCGUCAAACAUGUUGGGUGGGGCGGUGGGGCGUAGCUGAUAUGAAAGGACCAAACUACAGAAUUAUAUAGACCCCCCCCCCCCCUCUUUCUCAGCACUCCAAAUAAAAUGCCUGUCAUCAUGGGGUUUGGUGUGUAGGACGAGUCGUGUCUUGAGGUGUGGAGUCUUGCUAUUUUUUUAAAAAAAUGACUGCGGAAUUGUUAACCUUUUUGAGAUAGAAACAGUCACGUUUUCUACAUUGGAUUCUGUAUAGUAUUUAUUUUAAUGGUCUUUAAAAAAUAAUAAUAAAGGUUUCUCCAUGACAGUGUAA